CUUUUUGUGAGUCCCAGCGAGAGAAUGCGAAGGGGAGAGGCAGGACCAAAGUUGAGGCGAAUCCAGUGGCAUGCCGAUGGGUCUCCAGGUAUGUGACCUCAGAAGAGCUUGAAUGAGAAUAUAAUACCAAGAUAAGUCGACUUUCAAUUCAACUGACUCUUUCCUGCAAGAUCUUUUGCCGCAAUGGGGGAAUUAAAAAGCGAAUAAGCUGGCAAGAAUGAGUCCAACAUUUCCAAGCAAGAUUGUUCUUUUUCCCUUGUUUACUUUAUCCAGACUCUAGCCAAAAAGAUUCAUCUCAAGGAAUUAUAUUCUUGGAGAUGUUGGAAAAAGAUUCCUGGGUCUUGGAAGAUAAUUACUAGAAAUAUGCAGGGGAGGAAUAAAAUUGAAGGGUGUUUUUCUUAGAGAACACCAUUUGUCAGAGUUAUCAGGAAUUUGAAGAUUUAUAUAAGCAGGAUGAAGUUAAAGGAAAUAGAUCGUACAGCCAUGCAGGCCUGGAGCCCUGCCCAGAAUCAUCCCAUUUACCUAGCUACAGGAACAUCUGCUCAACAAUUGGAUGCAACAUUUAGUACCAGUGCUUCUCUUGAGAUAUUUGAAUUAGACCUUUCUGAUCCAUCCUUGGAUAUGAAAUCUUGUGCCACUUUCUCUUCUUCUCACAGGUACCACAAGUUGAUUUGGGGGCCUCAUAAGAUGGAUUCCAAAGAUGUCUCUGGAGUUCUGAUUGCAGGUGGUGAAAAUGGAAAUAUUAUUCUUUAUGAUCCUUCUAAAAUUAUAGCUGGUGAUAAGGAAGUUGUGAUUGCCCAGAAUGACAAACAUACUGGCCCAGUGAGAGCCUUGGAUGUGAACAUUUUCCAGACUAAUCUGGUGGCCUCUGGUGCUAAUGAAUCUGAAAUCUACAUUUGGGAUUUAAACAAUUUUGCAACUCCAAUGACACCAGGAGCCAAAACGCAGCCCCCAGAAGAUAUCAGCUGCAUUGCAUGGAACAGACAAGUUCAGCAUAUUUUGGCAUCAGCCAAUCCCAGUGGCCGGGCCACUGUGUGGGAUCUUAGAAAAAAUGAACCCAUCAUCAAAGUCAGUGAUCAUAGUAACAGGAUGCAUUGCUCUGGGUUGGCAUGGCAUCCUGAUGUUGCUACUCAGAUGGUCCUUGCCUCUGAGGAUGACAGGUUACCAGUGAUCCAGAUGUGGGAUCUUCGCUUUGCCUCCUCUCCACUCCGUGUCCUGGAAAACCAUGCCAGGGGGAUUUUGGCAAUUGCUUGGAGCAUGGCGGAUCCUGAAUUGUUGCUGAGCUGUGGAAAAGAUGCUAAGAUUCUCUGUUCCAAUCCAAACACAGGAGAGGUGUUAUAUGAACUUCCCACCAACACACAGUGGUGCUUUGAUAUUCAGUGGUGUCCCAGAAAUCCUGCUGUCUUAUCAGCUGCUUCCUUCGAUGGGCGUAUCAGUGUUUAUUCUAUCAUGGGAGGGAGUGCAGAUGGUUUAAGGCAGAAACAAGUUGACAAGCUUUCAUCAUCUUUUGGGAAUCUUGAUCCAUUUGGCACAGGACAGCCCCUUCCCCCGUUACAAAUUCCUCAGCAGACUGCUCAGCAUCGUAUAGUGUUGCCUCUGAAGAAGCCACCCAAGUGGGUCCGAAGACCUGUUGGGGCUUCCUUUUCAUUUGGAGGCAAACUGGUUACCUUUGCGAGUGUCAGAACACAGCCUCAGCAGGGAGCUGAGCAGCAGCUGCAGCAACACCACGUGUGCAUCAGUCAGGUCGUAACAGAAGAGGAGUUCCUUAGCCGGUCAGACCAACUUCAGCAGGUCGUGCAGUCACAGGGAUUUGUCAGUUAUUGUCAGAAGAAGAUUGGUGCUUCUCAGACUGAGUUUGAAAAAAAUGUGUGGUCCUUUUUGAAGGUAAACUUUGAAGAUGAUUCUCGUGGAAAAUACCUUGAACUUCUAGGAUAUAGAAAAGAAGACCUAGGGAAGAAGAUUGCUUCGGCCUUGAACAAAGUGGAUGGACCUGAUGUGGCUCUUAAAGACUCUGACCAAGUAGCACAGAGUGAUGGGGAGGAGAGCCCUGCUGCUGAAGAGCAGCUCUUGGGAGAGUGCAUUAAAGAGGAAAAACAAGAAGCUGAAUUUCUACCAUCAGCUGGAGGAACAUUUAACAUCUCCAUCAGUGGGGAUAUUGAUGGUUUAAUUACUCAGGCUUUGCUGACGGGUAACUUUGAGAGUGCUGUUGACCUUUGUUUACAUGAUAACCGCAUGGCUGAUGCCAUUAUAUUGGCCAUAGCAGGUGGACAAGAACUCUUGGCUCGAACCCAGAAAAAGUACUUUGCAAAAUCCCAAAGCAAAAUUACCAGGCUAAUUACUGCAGUAGUGAUGAAGAACUGGAAAGAGAUUGUCGAGUCUUGUGAUCUUAAAAAUUGGAGAGAGGCUUUAGCUGCAGUAUUGACUUAUGCUAAACCAGAUGAAUUUUCUGCCCUUUGUGAUCUUUUGGGAACCAGGCUUGAAAGUGAAGGUGAUAGCCUCCUGCAGACUCAGGCAUGUCUCUGCUAUAUUUGUGCAGGGAAUGUAGAGAAACUAGUUGCAUGUUGGACUAAAGCUCAGGAUGGAAGCAGUCCUUUGUCCCUUCAGGAUCUGAUUGAGAAAGUUGUCAUCCUGCGAAAAGCUGUACAACUCACCCAAGCCAUGGACACUAAUACUGUAGGAGUUCUUUUGGCUGAGAAGAUGAGUCAGUAUGCCAAUUUGUUGGCAGCCCAGGGCAGUAUUGCUGCAGCCCUGGCUUUUCUUCCUGAUAACACCAACCAGCCAAAUAUUGUGCAGCUUCGUGACAGACUUUGUAGAGCACAAGGAAAUCCAGCACCAGGACAACAGGAGUCACCUAAAAUUCCUUAUGAGAGGCAGCAGUUGCCCAAGGGCAGGCCUGGACCAGUUGCUGGCCACACACAGAUGCCAAGAGUUCCAGCUCAACAAUAUUAUCCCCAUGGAGAAAAUCCUCCACCUCCAGGCUUCAUAAUGCAUGGGAAUGUUAAUCCAAAUGUUGCCACAGCUCAGCUUCCCGCAUCUUCCGGUCAUAUGCACACCCAGGUACCACCUUAUCCACAGCCGCAGCCUUAUCAACCAGCCCAGCAGUAUUCCUUCGGAACAGGGGGGUCAGCAGUGUAUCGACCUCAGCAGCCUGUUGCUCCUUCUGCUUCAAACGCUUACCCUAACACCUCGUACAUAUCUUCUGCUUCUUCCUAUUCUGGGCAGUCUCAGCUGUACACAGCACAGCACCAGGCCUCUCCACCUACCUCCAGCCCCACUGCCUCUUUCCCUCCUCCCCCUUCCUCUGGAGCCUCCUUCCAGCAUGGCGGACCAGGAGCUCCACCAUCAUCUUCAGCUUAUGCGCUGCCUCCUGGAGCAACAGGUUCUCAGAAUGGUUGGAAUGAUCCUCCAGCUUUGAACAGAGUACCCAAGAAGAAGAAGAUGCCUGAGAACUUUACGCCUCCUGUUCCCAUCACAUCACCAAUCAUGAACCCCUUGGGUGACCCCCAGUCACAGAUGUUGCAGCAACAGCCUUCAGCUCCAGUACCACUAUCAAGCCAAGCUUCAUUCCCACAGCCACACCUUCCAGGUGGCCAGCCCUUCCACGGCAUACAGCAACCCCUCAGUCAACCAGGCAUGCCUCCGUCUUUUUCAAAGCCCAAUAUUGAAGGUGCCCCUGGGGCUCCUAUUGGAAAUACCAUGCAGCAUGUGCAGUCUUUGCCAACAGAAAAAAUUACCAAGAAACCUAUUCCAGAUGAACACCUCAUUCUAAAGACCACAUUUGAGGAUCUUAUUCAGCGCUGCCUCUCUUCAGCCACAGAUCCUCAAACCAAGAGGAAGCUAGAUGAUGCCAGCAAACGUUUGGAGUUUCUGUAUGAUAAACUUAGGGAACAGACACUUUCACCAACAAUCAUCAAUGGUUUACACAACAUCGCAAGGAGCAUUGAGACUCGAAACUACUCAGAAGGAUUGACCAUCCAUACCCACAUAGUUAGCACCAGCAACUUCAGUGAGACCUCUGCUUUUAUGCCAGUUCUCAAAGUUGUUCUCACCCAGGCCAAUAAGCUGGGUGUCUAAAGGAUGGCUUCACUCUCAGCCACUAUUGCCAUUUUUCCAAAGAAACAUGUUUUAAAAAAUGAUAAGAUGUUGACCAGUCCUCAUUAGCAUGUUUCCAUAGCAGCCAGUCAAGAACAUUUACAUUGUUUCUGCAGAUAUACUCACCUUAGACCUGCUCAAAGCCCUGGUGCUUUCUUUUGUUUUAAUCUUUUAUUGCCUGUGAUGAUUUUCCUAUUCUGCAAAUAAUGUAUUUCCUGGAUUACACAUAGUAUGCUUUCCUGAAGUAUUCUGAUAAAAUAUGGUUUUUGAAACCUCAGGUUUACUUUUUGGAAAAGGAGCCUUUGGUUAUGUGUAAAGCAGAGCUGAAACUAAAUUUCUUUCAUGUCCUCCCUACUUCCUCCAUGUCAAUCAGAUUAAAGUGUGUAAUCCUA